AUGUCACGACCCAAAGUAUUCUUCGAUAUUACUAUUGAUGGAAGCAAUGCAGGACGAAUUGUGAUGGAGCUUUUCGCCGAUAUUGUACCAAAAACAGCUGAAAAUUUCCGUUGUCUUUGUACCGGAGAAAGAAAUGUGGGACGAAAAAGCGGCAAAAAAUUACAUUAUAAAGGAUCAAAGUUUCAUCGCGUCAUACCCAAUUUCAUGUUACAGGGUGGUGAUUUUACACGCGGAAAUGGUACAGGUGGUGAAUCAAUUUAUGGGGAAAAAUUUCCUGACGAGAACUUCCAGGAAAAGCAUACAGGUCCUGGUAUUUUGUCAAUGGCUAAUGCGGGACCAAAUACUAACGGCUCACAAUUUUUCAUUUGUACCGCAAAAACAGAGUGGUUGGAUGGAAAGCAUGUGGUAUUUGGGCGUGUAGUAGAAGGUAUGAAUGUUGUGAAGGCAAUCGAAAGUAAAGGAUCUCAGAAUGGACGAACAUCGGCUGAUAUAGUGAUUUCGGACUGUGGGCAGUUGUAA